AUGAGCAAAUAUAUCACUAGAAUUACUGCUCAUAAGAUCAUUCAUGAUAGGCUCUAUUAUAGAGUUCAGUACAGUGAUAAUUCCUAUCACUGGGAAAUGCCUGAUAUUACAACGCCUGAAUUAAAAGAUCAAAAUGAAAAGUUACUUAUUCGUUAUUUCUACAAUCAAGAUCAUGAACUUAAAGAUGCGCUAACGCAAACUGAUCCUAUCAAGCAUUUGAUCUUUGAUUCUCAAAAAGAAGAUACAAAUAGAAAAUUUAUCGAUAUAUUUGAUGAUUUUCCGGAAUUUGACAAUAUAGUACAUCAUAUAUCAAACAGAAUAAUAAUUAUUGAUGCUGAUUUAAGAUUUGGAUACGAAUCUAUCUGUUAUUAUCAUUACGAAAGAGAAUCUACAAUCUAUACGGAUAAGUUAUCGAACAUUAAACUACUAUUUCCAAAAGACCUUACAAUAUUUAUGUUAUCAAGGGCUAGAAGAAUAUAA